AGUCGUUUGUUUUUCCUCGCUUGGUACGCGCCUGAGUAAGUGGAUCCGCUUGUUGUGUUAGCUUGGCUCUUAGCAAUAUCGCAUUAUACAUAUAGCCAGCUCUAGAAUAGAAGGAAAGAUGUCUGUGGUUCCCAUGAUGUUCCGUGACUGGUGGGAUGAUUUCGAUGCGCCGUUCCGCACUCGUCUGCUGGAUCAACAUUUCGGCACUGGACUGCGUGCCGAUGACCUGUUCUCUUCGUUGUCCCUGCGCAAUAAUACAUCACCGGUUCUGAGGUCGGCCUAUUAUCGACCAUGGCGCAACACUGCCCUCGCCCGCCAAGAUUCCGGAUCCACCCUGAAUUUGGACAAGGAAAAGUUCCAAAUCAUUCUGGAUGUGCAGCAAUUUUCGCCGGAGGAAGUGACCGUCAAAAUCAACGGCCGCUCGAUUGUGGUCGAAGGCAAACACGAAGAGAAGCAGGACGAACACGGAUUCGUUUCCCGUCACUUCACUCGCCGUUACAUGUUGCCAGAUGGACACGACCCCAACGACGUCCUGUCGACGCUGUCUUCUGAUGGCGUUUUGACGGUUACGGCUCCCAAGAAGGCACUUCCGGCUCCGAAUCCGGAGCGCAGUGUUCCAAUCCAACAGACUGGCACCCCGGCCAAGGAGCAGAGUGAGGUUAAGAUCGAACAGGCCAAGUGAACGAUUAACGAAUGGGGUCAGCAAAGGAAAAGAAGCAGGGGAUGCGGGGGAUGGUAGCUUAGCUUUUCGUGUAUUUUCUCUAUCGAUCAAAGUAUUAUGUGGCUUAACAAGUUGGUUCCGUACAAAUAGCCGAGCAUUUGUUUUCCUGAUGUAACACAAUAAAUGUUUGUUUGGGUUUGUAAAGA